AUGACCUUGUGGUCCAUGCUCAUGGUGGAGACAGUGCAUCCUUUGCUGCAGGAAACUUGGAAGAGCUUAGCAGGAUGGUGUGAGCAGGGGGUCGUUGUGGCGCUUUUUCGAUCUGUGAUGGUCGCGAACUUGCUGCUCUUCAAGACCGUGAUCGCCGGGGACUCCUGGGGAGAGAUCGCAGUGCCCGUGAUCGAACAGUAUCCCGCUACUGCGCUGAUUUUCAUGGGAUCUCUACUGACCUUGGUCUUUGGCGUGCUCAACCUCAUCGUCGCCGUGGUCGUAGAUACCUUCGCAGAUGCGAGGGCCAGCGAUGUGCAGAAUUUGGCCGAAGAGAUGGAGGAUGAUAUUGCCAAUGAUCGGAAGUCCUUGGCGAAGCUCUUCAAGCGAAUUGAUAAGGAUGGCAGUGGACAGCUGACUCUGGAGGCGCGACGGGCGUUUUGGGGCGACUGGCGACUGGAGCUGAUCGAAGGCGCCGAGCGAGAUGCAGACUUCCAGAGUCGUUUGCGCGUGAUGGAUAUUGAUGAGAAGGAUCUUCAGAUGCUCUUCGACAUGAUCGAUACCGACAAAUCGGGCACCAUCGAGGCAGCGGAGUUCAUCGGCCCUUUGAGCCGCUGGGCCCACGACUCCAAGACGGCCCCACGCUUCAUUAAGCGCCCUCGGUGGGACGCAAGCCGAACGGGUGGACGGGAGGCCGGUGGUGAGCUGGUUCGCCGGCGGGAGGGGGAGGCCAGAGGGUGA